AUGACCAUGAGCCCAACUCCCCUACUUCAACCCGUCCCGGUUCCCCCGAUUCGAUUGAAUGUGAAUCGUUUCGGUGGUGCUUUCUCCUGUGGUCCCCCGGUGCCGACUAUUCCCGAGGUGGAAGAGGAAGAGGAAGACAUGGAACCGGGUGAUGUCAGUCCGGAAAGUGAACUGACCAAUGGACCAAUCGUUCGACGGAACGGGACAGCAACAAAACGUAGCCCGAUCAAAACAAAACGGACUGUGGUCAACUCUAGUGAGGCCGCCACCACCACCACCAACAUCACUACUCCUGCUGAUGCUAUUGUACAUACGACUCAGCCACAAGCAACUGGAACACCUAGCUCAACUAGUAAAGUCAGAUCAGGGCAGCCCAAAUUCGAAUCGGAUCGAUCCAAGACAGUGGACGAUGAAGAGGCGGAAAUCGAGGAGGAUUAUCCACUUCUAAGACCGGAUUAUUUUGUUGGGUGA